AUGGGGGUUUUCAACGAAGAGGCAGAAAAUUAUAAAAAUAUAGGCAAUGAUGCGUUCAAAUCGGAAAAGUUCGAAGACGCUGUGUCUUUUUAUACCAAGGCUAUAGAUUUGUCGGAAAAAGAUAGUCGAGAUAGAGCUACAUAUUUAAAAAAUCGUGCUGCAGCUUAUUUAAAGAUUAAAGAAUACGAAAAGGUAAUAAAUGACUGUGAUGAAGCUUUGCAAAUAGUUCCUGAGGAUCCUAAAGCCUUAUUUAGACGUGCACAAGCCUUGGAGAGUUUGGAUAGGUUUGAAGAAGCUUAUAGAGAUGCUAAAACUAUUUUUACUGUUGAUCCUACAAACAAAGCUGUUCAACCUGUGCUUGCACGGCUUCAUGUUAUUGUGCAAGAGAGAGCAAGAAAAAAUGCACAAACAAGUAAUAAAGUGGAACAAAUGUUUAAGUUAGCUUUUGAGAUAAGUGAAGAUAAGGAGAAACGUCAAAAAGCUAUGGGCAAUUUAGUAGUGCUUGCUAAAGAAUCAUCUGGUGCUGAUAUUAUGAUGAAAAAUGGUGUUGUCCACAAAAUUCAACAAUUAUUGAAAAUUGAAAAAAAUCCGGAUAUAUAUAUAAAUGCAGUGAGAGUUAUAAGUCAACUUUGUAAAAGAUGUGUGGAGAGAACAUAUGCUGUUAUCAAAGUGGUUGGCAUACCAUGGUUCUUAGAUAUCAUUGAUAGUGAUAAUGAAGAAAGAGUCAAUGCAGCGCAGUACUGUUUUCAAGUUAUAUUGAAUACAUUAUCAGGUAUGGAUACAAAGCAUACAAAACCUGAUCCUCAAUUAUGUGAAAAAAACAAAUCGGAGAUAGACACACUUCUAACUUGUUUAACAUAUUCAAUAACUAACAGAGUUAUUACUGGAAUGGCAAGAGAUGCUAUCAUGGAGUUGAUAAUGAGAAACUGCCAUUAUACUGCAAUUAAUUGGGCAGAGAGAUUUGUUGAGAUAAGGGGCUUACAACGCUUACUAGAAGUUUGCAGUGAACUGGAAGAAUACAAAUAUGAAUCUGCAAUGAAUAUUACACCAUCAUCAGCCACAAUUGCAGCUGCUUGUCUAGCAAGAAUUUAUGAAAACAUGUACUAUGAUCAAGCAAGGGAGCGCUUUAAUAACCAGGUUGAUGAAUUUGUAAAGGAUAAGCUUAUGUCUCCAGAUCUCGAGUCAAAGGUCAGGGUGACAGUGGCUAUAACUUCCCUCCUCCGGGGUCCCCUGGAUGUGGGUAAUUAUGUUAUUUCUAAGGAAGGAAUAAUGGAAAUGAUUCUAGUAAUGGCACAAACAGAAGAUCCUCUACAACAGAAGGUAGCCUGUGAAUGUUUGAUUGCAGCAGCAUCUAAAAAAGAUAAAGCUAGAGCCAUUAUUAAUAAAGGUGUUGACAUAUUAAAAAAAUUAUAUACAAGUAAAAAUGAUGCUGUCAGAGUGAGAGCUCUUGUUGGUUUAUGCAAGAUAGGUAGUUUUGGUGGUGAUGAUGCUUCAAUAAGACCAUUUGCAGAUGGAUCAACUAAAAAACUUGCUGAAGCAUGUAAAAAGUUCUUAGUGAAUCCAGCAAAGCAGAAGGAUAUGAGGAAAUGGGCAGCCGAGGGUUUGUCAUACCUUACUUUGGAUGCAGAUGUAAAGGAAAAAUUAGUUGAAGAUCAGGCUGCUAUUCAAGCCCUCAUUGAAUUAGCAAAGACCGGUGAUCAGUCUUGUCUUUAUGGUGUUGUUACUACUUUAGUUAACUUGUGUAAUGCUUAUGAAAAGCAAGAAGUAAUGCCUGAAAUGCUUGAACUUGCAAAGUUUGCUAAACAUCACAUACCUGAACAGCAUGAAUUGGAUGACCCUGAUUUUGUUAGUAAAAGGCUAACUGUUUUAUGCAAGGCUGGUGUUACAACAGGUUUAGUAGCAUUAUCUAAGACGGAGAGUCAUAAUUCUCGGGAAUUGAUUUCUAGAGUGUUUAAUGCUAUUUGUAGCCAGCAAGAAUUAAGAGGUAUUGUUGUUCAACAAGGUGGAGCUAAAGUUUUGAUACCCAUGGCUUUAGAAGGAACCCAGAAUGGCAAAAAGCAAGCUGCUCAAGCUUUGGCAAGAAUUGGCAUAACAAUAAAUCCAGAAGUAGCAUUUCCUGGUCAAAGAAAUUUGGAAGUAGUUCGACCAUUGAUUGCUUUAUUACACCCAGAUUGUAGUGCAUUAGAAAAUUUUGAGGCUCUAAUGGCACUCUGUAAUUUAGCAGGCAUGAAUGAGACAACAAGAAAUAGGAUCCUCAAAGAGGGUGGUUUAGCGAAGAUAGAACACUAUAUGUUUGAAGAUCACAUGAUGCUUCAGAGAGCAGCGACACAAUGUAUUUGCAACUUAGUACAAUCAGAAGAAGUUGUCAAAACAUAUGAAGCUAAUAAUGAUAAAUGUAAGUUUUUGUAUUUAUUAUGCCAAGAAGAAGACACUGACACUGUGAUGGCUGCAGCAGGAGCUCUAUGCAUUCUUACAUCUGUAAGUAAACUUUGCUGCAGGAAGCUUUUGGAUUGUCAAGUUUGGUUAGAAACACUAAGAUUUCUAUUGGCAAAUCCUAAUAAAGAAAUUCAGUACAGAGGAUCAUAUAUGCUAUAUAAUAUUAUUUCUGGUGACAAAGACAUUGCAGCCAGAAUUUUUGAAACAGAUGUUAUGGAAAUAUUGAUGGCUCUGUCAAAAUUAGAAGAUCCUGAACAAAAAAAGACAAAAGAAUUAGCUCAAAAAUGUCUGGAGGCGGCUGAAAGCAUGGGAGUAAUUAGAAAACCUGAUCAAAGUGGGGGUAUUAGUCCAUCCGAAGAAAGUAAGCAACAUGAAAACAAUGAAAAUAUGCAAUAA